AUGCCCCUGAGGUUGUUUUGCCUUGGAGAUAUGACCAUCUGUAUCCAGAGAUUGUGGAAUGCUGUGGCACUGUGGGCCUGGGAUAUUGUAGUGGACAAUUGUGCCAUCUGCCGAAACCAUAUUAUGGACUUGUGCAUUGAGUGUCAAGCAAACCAAGCUUCUGUUACUUCAGAGGAAUGCACUGUUGCUUGGGGAGUUUGCAAUCAUGCUUUCCAUUUCCAUUGCAUUUCCCGAUGGUUAAAAACACGUCAAGUGUGCCCACUAGAUAACAGGGAAUGGGAGUUCCAGAAGUAUGGCCACUGAAAAUUUGUUCAAUAUAGAAUUUCAACAUUACUUUUACUUUUUCCACUUUUUUUCAAUGGCAGUUUAAAACCUCAAGUUCUUCUACACCAUUUUUCAGCUGAUCCUGUUUUCACUUGCAAUAUUUUUUUUUUUUUUUCUGUAAUCAUAAUUUUUCUUCAACAUGUCACAUGUGAUAAAACUUACAAAUAAACAUUAGUGUUUUUA